UUUUUUUUGGUCCGUGGUUUGUUGCCACAGGUGUUCUCCAACGCAACAAACGACCAAAGUUCACUGUUUGUCUACCACGUGGCACCCACUAUCAGUACACUCCCCUGUAAUAAUCCCAUCCCGCCUCAUCUCUCUCUGGCCUUUCACAUUUCCGCCACCAUCAUAUUCCUCGCCUUUUUCCCUUUCGGCGUUUCAGUGGAAAACUUCAAACAAUACAUACCCAUAUACAUAUCCUACACAAUCAGAUCAAGAGAGAGAGAGAGAGAGAGAGAGAGAUUGGGUGAGUAAUUUGGGAUAUGGAGGAGAAGUUGGUGGAGAGGUUGGAAUCGGCGGUGGCGAAGCUGGAGGCGAUUUCGAUUUCAGGGUUCCGGCCGGCGGAGGGUGGCGGAGAUGCUGCGGCGGCGGCGGCGCUGGAUCCGUCGAUCGUGGCGUUCGAGGAUCUGAUGGGCGAGUACGUGGGUAGGGUUUCGGCUGCUGCGGAGAAGAUUGGGGGACAGGUUCUGGACGCGACCAAGGUUGUGGCGGAGGCGUUCCUUGCUCAGAAACAGCUCCUUGUUAUGGUCAAGCAAACUCAGAAACCUGACAUGGCGGGAUUGGCUGAAUUUCUCAAGCCACUAAAUGAAGUGAUACUGAAAGCCAAUAAGAUGACUGAAGGAAGGAGAUCUGAUUUUUUUAACCACUUGAAAACUGCUGCUGACAGUCUCUCUGCUCUGGCUUGGAUUGCAUUUACAGGCAAAGAUUGCGGUAUGAGCAUGCCUAUUGCACAUGUGGAAGAAAGUUGGCAAAUGGCUGAGUUCUACAACAACAAGAUUCUUGUUGAGUACAAAAAUAAAGACCCAAAUCAUGUGGAAUGGGCCAAAGCUUUGAAGGAGCUCUAUGUACCAGGUUUGAGGGAUUAUGUGAAGAGUCACUAUCCUUUGGGCCCCAUUUGGAGUGUCACAGGAAAAACAACUGUUCCUGCUCCUGCAAAAGUUCCUAAGUCAAGCGGCCCUGCUCCUCCGCCGCCUCCACCAGCAUCACUCUUUAGUUCUGAAUCUCCACAGUCUUCAUCAUCACGCCCAAAGGUUGGGAUGGCAGCUGUUUUUCAAGAAAUUAAUACAGGAAAGCCUGCGACUGCAGGGUUGAGAAAGGUCACAGACAAUAUGAAAACCAAGAACCGUGCAGAUAGAACCGGCAUUGUUGGUGCGGGUGAAAAAGAAAGCGGAGCCAGUUCUCGCUCUUUCUCUAAAGCAGGACCUCCGAAGCUAGAGCUUCAAGUUCGAAAGUGGGUAGUGGAGAAUCAAAUUGGAAGGAAGAAUUUAGUGAUUGAUGACUGUGAUUCAAAGCAGUCAGUUUACGUUUUUGGAUGCAAAGACUCUGUUUUACAGAUCAAAGGGAAAGUAAACAACAUAACAGUUGAUAAAUGCACCAAGAUGGGUAUCGUGUUCAUGGAUGUUGUAGCUGCUUGUGAGAUCGUCAAUUGCAAUGGUGUUGAGGUGCAAUGCCAGGGUUCAGCUCCAACAAUUUCAGUGGAUAAUACAUCAGGUUGUCAAUUAUAUUUGAGCAACGAUUCUUUGGAGGCUUCUAUAACGACUGCCAAGUCGAGCGAAAUCAAUGUGCUGGUGCCUGGUGCUGGGCCAGAUGAUGACUGGGGGGAGCAUGCAUUACCACAGCAGUUUGUUCAUGUAUACACAGAUGGCCAGUUCGUAACAACGCCAGUCUCCCACUCUGGAGGGUAAUUUGGAAAAAUCUUUUCAUUUGAUUGCUGUCGUGGGUUUUUAAAUUCAUUUCUUUCUUCUCAUCUCUUCCAUAUUAUUUCCUUGGAAGUGUUCAGGUGUGGCUUUUCAUUUUUCUCCUAUUGGUUCAAAUGCUUGUCUGUAUACGUUCAUAUUCUGCUGGUCUUGCUAUCUUUAUCUGUUUCCUUUUCCAUUUAUUUUGUUCGACCAAACUGCUCAAUUGUCGGGAAUGAUUUUUCGGUUGUCGUGUUGAGAUUCUCUUUCGGCUAGUGUUUUGCAAUUGGGUUUGGGUCAUUUGCAUCAACUUCAUUUUUGUAAUGGAACGGCUGUGGAUUAUAUGUUCUCUUUCUAGUGUAUUGUCUGGUGUUCACGAAACUGAAAUUGAUGAAGUUUUUCCUA